AGUAGACACGGAAGACACUUGGGCGCACGAGCACCAGGGAGUCUAUGGAGGCGCUGGGGCGCGGAGGGCCCCGCCUGCUCCAACUCACUCUGGCUCUAAUCAAGCCAGAUGCUGUGGCCCACCCCCUGGUCGUGGAGGCCAUUCACCAGCAGAUCUUGAGCAGCCAGCUCCUCAUUGUGCGGACACGGGACCUGGUUUGGGGACGGGAGGACUGUCAGCGGUUCUACCAGGAGCACUCAGGGCGCUUUUUCUACCAGCGCUUGGUGGAGUUCAUGGCCAGUGGCCCCAUCCGGGCUUACAUCUUGGCUCACAAGGAUGCUAUCCAGCUCUGGAGGAGCCUGAUGGGGCCCACCAAGGUGUUCCGAGCUCGCUAUGUGGCCCCUGACUCCAUUCGGGGGAGCUUUGGCCUCACUGACACCCGCAAUACUACCCACGGCUCAGAUUCGGUGCUCUCUGCCCGCAGAGAGAUUGCUGCCUUCUUCCCUGACUUCAGUGAGAGCCGAUGGUACCAGGAGGAGGAGCCCAGGCUGCGCCUUGGGCCCGUGUACUACAGUGUGGAAGGAGGGGUGCACUGUGUGGGUAGGGGGGAGACCAGCCAAGAGCCCCCACCCUAAGGGCAGGAGGAUGCCCUAGCUCUGUUGCUCCAGGAGGAAGGGGCGUUAAGAGGCAGGGGCUGGGCCAAGGGGUCCUGUCAUUAAACCUGCUUCAGCCUCAGUUUCCUCUUCUAUAAGAUGGGGAUUGUGGUCUCACCUCACAGGGCUGUUGAAGGAUUGAUAGGGAUCAGGUAAAUCUCAUGAUCUGCCUCACCCAACCUUGGAGCUGAUGCUGGCACCAGAGAUGCUCCCUUAUUAAUGGCCUCAGUCCUCCUUUCUCCCUCUUCCCUUCUGGUGUUUAUGUAGAUGGGCCUUGGGGAAGUGUUUUAUUCCCAGUCUCCAACCCACUGGCUGGGCCUCAGGGCAAGGAGCAGUUCCUUGCUCCUGCCAGAUCUAGACCCUCUUUGAGAUUCCAUCCAUCUCCCUUUCUAGGGCCCAUAGUUAGCUUCUCAUUUCAGCCUCACUCACCCUCCCUUCUUUCUAGCCUACCUCUUGCCCUUUGCGGCUACUCACUGGUCCUUUUAAACUCUUAGGCUGUUAGCCUUGUAAACCCCCAUGGUUUCCCUCUGCACUGCUAUAGCUGCCCUCUCUCCUGAAAGGCCCUCCUACCCCUGCCCCAGACCUCAGCAGCCCAUGAAUGAUUCUUCCUCUCUCUCUCCCACCCCAAUGAUUAAGAAUGCCAAAAAGUCCUCAGACUGUCAUAAGGUUGGACUUUAGAGCUGGCCAGAAUCACAUGACAUGCCAAAUCCAUACCAGAACAAGGAUGUUGACUUUCCUGGAAGUCAUUUGAAAAGCGGGCCUCCCAAGGUAGCCCAUCUCCCUUUGGGGAAGGACCCUCCUUCCCCUCAACUGCCUUAUACCGAUUCUCUGUUCUUUGGAGCCACCUUGAGCAAGUCUGAGCCCCCUCCCUGAAGGAGCCUUUGGACCAGAAAAUUGGGCCUGUUUGCCUGGUGGGUGCUGAGGACUUUUCCUGAACCUUCUUCAGGUUCCACGCGUCCCUUUCUUUCAAGGAUCUUCUGGCCCAAACACCGGCUUGGCUGCCACAUAGUGGACUCAAUGUAGGUGGGGUUGGCUCAGAGCAGUGAUGCCUCCCUCUUUCUGGAUGUUGUGGCUGCUUCUCUCUGUUGGAGCUGGCAGCCAAGGAAAGCCCUCAGAUCUCGUCCAAAUCCUUUGCGUGUUCCUGUCUCUCUUGCUUAUGAAGUUGAUAUUUCGAACCCAGUGCAUGAACCUGUAAAAGUCCUGGAGCCAAAGGCAGGAAGACCCGAGAUCAGAUCCUACCUCAGACACUAGCUGUCUAGGCCAUGGCUGUAUUUUUUUUCCACCAGGAGAGGCUUUCUUUGAAGCUUCUCAAGAAGCUCGAUCCUAAUAGUAAAUCCAUCAGUUCCUUUGGCUGUG